AUGAUAGAAAAAGAACCAGUCGACGACAAUGAAGAAGAAGAAAAACAACAACAAGUCCAACAAUAUCAACGAUCUCCUUCAGCAAACUCAAAUGAAGACAGCAAUGAUGGGAUGCCGGAACAUAUUGCCAAGCUCGUCGGAAAGAAUGAGACAAUCGAUAUCGACGAUUCAGCAGGCGAUAUGGGACGCCUCAGCGGAGACGAACAACCGUAG